UAAAGCCUGACUAGUUGGUUUGGCCGUGGCUAAAAAAAAUAUAUCGAAUAAGAAAAAAAACAAUAUUGUGGUUUCCGGGAGGUGACGAUCAUGGUUUCAGCGUACUUGCGUCCAUCCGGUUAUCGGUGUCCUGUGCGAAUGCUGGAGAGCUAUGGCGGCGUGCCGGGGAUCCUCGUCGAAAUGGUUUUUCACCCGGGAGCAGCUUGAAGCCACGCCGUCCCGCCGUACGGGAGUGGAGCCGGAUAGAGAGCUUUCUUACCGGCAGCAGGCGGCAAACCUCAUUCAAGAUAUGGGCCAGAGACUCAACGUCUCACAACUUACUAUAAAUACAGCAAUUGUUUACAUGCAUAGAUUUUAUAUGUACCACUCUUUCACCAAAUUCCACAGAAAUAUCAUUUCUCCAACCACAUUAUUCCUAGCUGCAAAAGUUGAAGAGCAACCUCGGAAACUGGAGCAUGUCAUCAAGGUUUCACAUGCUUGUCUAAACCCUCAAGAGGCCCCGCUUGAUACGAAGAGUAAUGCAUACCUCCAGCAAGCUCAAGAGCUGGUGAUACUUGAAACCAUAGUGCUGCAGACUUUAGGAUUUGAAAUAACUAUUGAACAUCCACACACUGAUGUGGUGAAAUGUUCCCAGCUAGUGAGAGCAAGCAAGGAUCUGGCACAGACUUCCUAUUUCAUGGCUACCAACAGCCUCCACCUCACCACGUUCUGCCUGCAGCACAAGCCCACAGUCAUCGCCUGCGUCUGCAUCCACCUGGCCUGUAAAUGGUCCAACUGGGAGAUCCCCGUCUCCACUGACGGGAAACACUGGUGGGAGUACGUGGACAACUCUGUCACGCUGGAGCUUCUCGAUGAACUGACACACGACUUCCUUCAGAUUCUGGAGAAGACGCCGAGCAGGUUGAAGAGGAUACGGAACUGGAGGGCCACACAAGCUGCCAAGAAGCCCAAGGGAGAUGGCUCUCAGGCGAACGACCCCUACCCAGGACCCUCCCUGGUCCACGAACAUUCCCUGGGAGACGGCAUCCCUGGGGUCUCCAACCCAGCCUUCUCCAAAGCUGCCUCCUCGUUCCCUGUCCCACUGCCGGGUCACGCCAGUGGACCCCUCUCCCUGGACUCCAUCGCCUCCAUGCAGGGCAGCUCCUACACCUUCACCGCCCCCAGCGACUGGCCCCAGGACAUGGGGGGUCGCUCGGAGGGAGGAGGCUAUUCCCUCAAAACAGAUACACUAGGCCUCCAGCAGGGGGCUUCACUGUCUCUGCAGCACAACUCUCUGAACCCACACAGACCAGAUAAGACCAUGGAGUUCAACCCUAUUAAACAUGAACACAAGGCUGUAGCAGGGGGGGGGAAGCAGCAGCAGCCCCCGCCUGCCCAGAAAAUGUCCCUGGACAAGUACAGAGAGAAGCACGCUGCCGAGCUGGCGGUGCAGCAGAAACGCAAACAGACAGAGCAGCAGGCUAUGGAGCCUGAGGGCAGGGAUGCCUAUAUAUCCUCUGUCCAGUCAGACCACAGGAAACACAUGCAGCCCCACUCUAACCCAGGGAGCAGCAGCAGUGGCACCACUUCAUCUCCUCUUAAAAUGAAGCUGGCCGUUUUAGGCCAAGACAGGCUCCCCUCUGACAAACGGGACAAGGGGGGCUCACUCAAACUCCGCCUCCCAGUUCCUUCUCAGGGGGGCGUGGCCAGCAAAGAGGAGCUGAAGAUGAAAAUCAAGGUGUCCUCUGAGCGCCACAGCUCUUCUGAUGAGGGUGGGCCCAAAAGCAAACAUUCCAGCCCGCUGGUGAGCAAGGAGAAGCAUCGGGACCAGUCUGCCCACCGCCACCACAAGCAGCACGGACACUCUCAGCUCCACGCAGCACAGCACAGCGGCAAUGGCCGGGGGGGCCUUGAGGGGCCAGUAGGUGUCGGGCCGGCCCUCCUCCGGAGCCCCCUGGGGCUAGGGAGCGUUGAGGGGUUGGCGGGCCCGGCCCUUGCUUCUGUUUCCAGUUCCUCCCGCAAGAGGGCACACACCAACGUUGCCGGCCACAACCACCACUCCUCCAAAACGAGCAAAAGCUCCAAGGGCGGCGCAGGUGGGCUACGGACAUCUCAGCACCCUAGUGAAACUGGACAAGAAGCCAGUGGAGAGCCGCGGCCCUGAGGUCGCCGGCUGGGGUACUGCCAGCACCAAACAGACACUUUUGACAUGCUCCCAUUUCCUGUUAAGUGCCCAAGGAAUAAACUCAUGAACCCUUUAUAGCAAGGCAAUGGAAGGUAAAGCAAAGUGUAGGACAAAAAUAGAAUUAUUAUGCUUCCCGAUCAUCUGAUCUCUUGGCAGUGCUGGUAUAGUCCUGCCUGUUUCUGUAACUGCUGCUUAGUCCUUAGUCCAUAUUCUCUGGAUGGGUCUUGAAAUGUGGACGUGAGUUAAGGGGUCAUCCUAGUUUAAAUGUUGAAAAAAGGUGUAUAUAGAUAUAUAUGUAUACGUAUACAUGUAUAUAUGUAUAUAUGUAUAUAUACAUGUAUAUAUGUAUACAUAUAUUUGUAUAUAUGUAUAUUUGUAUAUAUAUAUGUAUACGUAUAUGUGUAUAUGUAUACAUAUAUUUGUAUAUAUGUGUAUAUAUAUAUGUGUACUGAAAAGGCAUGAAAGAUGCAAUUUAUUUUCUUUUAAAUAAUUACAUUUCCACAACUAAUCCAGUGAGAAAACAAGGCAAGCGGUCCUCUUGUGACUGGAGAGCUUGUCAGUCGGUAGUAGAGAAGGAAGGCCGGGCACGCCAAACAUGGCCGCCAAUGGAAGCUGGAUUUUUUAUUUAUUUUUUUGAACGAGUUUUUUAAUACUCAAUACUGUAUCGAUGAUCCGCAUGUUUCUAUCAUCAAAGGGAUAAAGCAGAAUGCAGACUGCUGUUUACAGAAAGUGGAGAUAAAUGUACAUACAUUUUUGUAUGUUUAAAAAGCUAUACCAUAAAUACUCAGGUUUGGAGCUGCUUGUAAGUAUAAGAUAUAUAUAUAUAUAUUAUAUAUGAUGGAGAAAGACUAUUGUAACUUGAUGUAGGAGUCCUAUCAUUGGUGACUCUGACUGCAGCGUUCCACUGUUGUGCUUAGAGCCUGUACUACGCAUGGCUGCCGGUAGAGUGCACUCGACCUUCGACCUUUCCAUCCCUUUGUAGGGUCUGGAUUUCCUCCAGUGCAGACCCUACAAACAGUACCAACCACCUGGCAUGUUGUCAGAGGCCAUGCAAUUUGUACAACUAUUUUUUUUUGUGGGGGGGACCUCCAUGAUGACCUGAAGCUGGAUGCCAAAAGCUGUGCCUCGCAACAAAAACAAACUAAGGACACGAGGACAGUAAUACUAGUGCUAUAGUUUACAUGCCUAACCUUUGCUGUGAAGUGCAUUUACAUAAAAUGGUUGCUUGGCUUGACCCUGUAGCCGAUAGAUGCAAAGCUGUAAAUCAGUAAUGGUAAAUAAUGUAGGAUUGUUAAUGUUCAGUGACGUGACCUGGUUAUUGGGCUUAACGGUCCGUCAGUGUUGCUGAUACAGUACGGCGUCUCGUGUGCCGUCUGCGUCUCAACGGGUCAGUUUCCUACUGGAUAUGGCAGAUAUCGUUCUCAAUUGUGGACACAAACUAAGAACUGUUCUUUGACUGGUUAGUUCUUAUUUCAGUGUGCAGACAGUUGGUAUUGAGGCCAAGAUGCUAUGUUCCACCAGUACUUAUACUCUUGGGCACAGACGGUGGUUUUGAUAACAAGAAGGCAAGUGCAAAUCUUGACAACUAGUUUUUAUUAUUUUAUUUAAGUUCUACAAAUAAAGCCUAAGGUUGACACUACCUUAACUUGA